UAAUGAAUGCAUUACUGUAUAUCUUGCUGCCAUUUUAAGCCACAAGCCCUGCCCCAUAGCAGGCUGUGCAUGACAAUUUUUGAUUUUUUUAAAGAUGUUUCAGUGUAGAGAUGUUUCUUUUUUAAAUGAAAAAUUGAGUGCACCUUUUGCUAAGUGCUCCAUGAUUGCCUCUGCUCCGUAUCUGGCAUAUUCUGGUUACAUUUACAGCUUGGCAUAAGGCAGCAAAGCCCGUAGCCAAGGGGGAAAGGACUGCAAGAAUUGAUUCCGGUGGAGGUGCUGGAACGGGAGGAGAGGCAACAAGGAAUGUUGUAACAGGAAGCGAAUAGGGUGAUGGAAAGCUGCUGCUUUGCAGUGCUGAGAGAGGAAUAACUUUUGAAAGCCAUGACCCAAGAGAAAUAACUCCUUCUGUAGUCCAGUAGCUCUGUACCAGCUACGUUUCAUGUGAUUCCUGAGAUAUUUCCUCUUCGGGGCUGUAACUUCUUGGUUUGGUUGGUAAAAAUUCAUAGGGCUUUGGUUUUCUCCUCUCGUCAGAUGUGUCUUGCCUCUCGUCUCAGACAACUUUACCAAUGAAUUUCAAAACAGCUGUGAUCCGGUUUUGAGAUACAGAAAUGCUUUACUUAUUUACUUAUAUUUUAAAGAAACACAAUAAAAGUUAAAUUCUCCUUCAAUAAGGCACAUAAUCUUCAGUCUGGCAUCGUGACAGCUCCCCAAACCAGCGCUUAUCAUGUUGCUAUCUCAUUAAAAAGAUCCAGGACCUGCAAUUAUCAGCCUAAAGAUGCUUUGCAACACCGGGAAACUCCUGGUGGGCUCUAAGAUAAGGCCCCAUCACAUGGUGGCUGUGAUUUUUUGCAGCCCGUGGCCGUGAGCGAGCGCCUAACGAGCAGUGAUGCAGCCGCCCUGGAAUUCCUGGAGCUGGCCCAGCAGCGAGUGUGACCCACCAUGCAGGAGGAGCGUGCUGUCCAGCUGAUAAGGGAGCGUGCAUCAGCAAAUACGGCUUGUUUAUCCCGUAAAAACCGCUUUGGAGGAGGGCAAGCAGAAAGAGGCCGGGUCUGCACUGCACAGAUAAGAGCUCGGACCAAAAGGACGACCAAAGGUCGCGCCAGGCCUCCUGGAAACUCCCAAAGAGAAGCUUUCAGUGGGAAUGGAUGACUAAGGGAAUUGCAAAGGGCUUCUGGAGGCUUUUAUCUGUGUGUUACCUCUCCAAACGCAGCUCAGCACUUCAGUCAUUUGUUGUUGCAUGCUCUGAUGAAUGUGCUCUGGCUCGAGGAGUUAGUAGCCAAAAAACCCCACCACUGUAGCCGUGACCAACUGCCUGCUUCAUUAGCAAUCUCAGCUAAUGACCUAAGAACAGUGCGUGCAGCUGAAAAGUGAGCUGCUAUCUGGGUCAUACACAUGUGGGGUUUUUUCAGGUCAGGAAAGGCUCAAUAGCAGUUUUCUGCAGGGAUGCCUCAUUGUUCUCUAUGUUCCUCAGGUAAAGGAAGAUCUCCUGAGCUCCCAAACAAAGCAAGCAGGGUGUUGGCAGUUUCCAUGGGAUCGUGAAAUAUUCCUGCAGCCCCUUUUAGUGGGGUCUUUCACACGUCCCUUAGGCCAUGAACCACAUCAUGGACUGGGAAUCACACACAGUGAAACCACUGGAAUUGUGUGAAAUUAGAAAUACUCCUGAGGCAAGAAUCAUGCCUUUAUAUGCCAUCCAUGCUCUCCAAAGUAAAUAAACUUUACUUUUUAUACUUUCCCAGGUGAUGUUUCCAUUUGUAGUAGUAUCUUUUAUUUGAUUUAUGUGAGAGGAUUAUAUGAAUUGAAAACCAACUUGGAGCUAAGCUAGGCUGUGAAAGAAUAAAACUUGGCUCCGGUUUGUGUCAACAUGGAAUCUUUGAUCUGAGGAAAAAAGCGCAGUCUAUCAACAUUGCUCUCCAAGUGGGAUUCCAAGCUCUCCAAACAUUCAUUAAUAUUUCAGACCCGUUUUGGAGCUAAGAACCUGAGACAAAAAGAUUUGCUAAUAACAAAAGACAAGCCUGAAGCCACCUUGAUGCAGAGCAGGGAGGACUGGACAUGGCUUUUCGAUAACCUCAGGCAACUGAUGCAGGCAAAAGCAUCCAUGUGGCAGAUGUCCAGAAGGAUGAAAGCUGGGAGUAGACUCCAGUUGCUUUGUAAGCACCAGAUGAAGUCCAUUGGUUGAUUCUUGGAGUUUCCCUCAACUUCAUUUGACUGUGGAGCCGCCAAGGCUAAUUUACCACCGUGUGAGGUUUGGGAGGGGUUUUGUUGGUUUAUCCUGGGUCUACCUGGCUGUAACAAGGCAGGGAUUUUUUUCAGCUGUUGUUUCUUUGUGUCAGGAAGCAUUUUGAAGCUGUACUCCGUCAGAGAUCCCAUUUGUUACUAAAAUGUCCAACAAGCUCCCAUGCAAUACUUAGUUCAUUCACGUAGACGUUUCCCUGAAGUUGUGGCUCUGCUUCCUCCCUGUCGUCUCUCACAUCUCAUCUGAGAUUCACUCUUGUGAAGCCUGAAGAUGCGAUUUGUUAUCAGUUCAUAUGUAAAUCCCUCACUGUUCAAAGGACUGCUGAACCGCCUUUAUGUUUGUGUGGUUCACCGGAGUCACCGCAGGAUCGUGCGGCUCCCGUUCUGAAUUCUCCUACCCUGCUCCUGCUAUGCUCUUUAUUACAGUCACUCCUUGUGUUCUGGUUAAUUUUACAUGAUCAGAUUUCCAAGCCAAGGUCGCUGCCUGGUUUUUUCUGUGAAGCCCAGGCCUUAUUGCAUCUUUGCUACAGCAAAGAACAAACCCAAUAAGAACAGUAUAAUAACAACACAAAUUUUCUGCACCUCAGCUUCUUUCUUGCUACCAAUUCCCCAAGCUGCCUCCUCCCCUCAAAGUCUCAGUUUUGCCCAUGUAUUGUUGUCCAUUUAGAGCACUAAAAAGCUGAUCUGGUGAAGAGCAGCCCAUUCCCCAAAUCCGUAGCACAUUAGCUGAAUUUCCAGAGAUACCCAGCACCCGGUGAAGAUCCCCAGUGUGUCAUUUCAUUAGAUUUUCAAGAAGUAAAAAUAAAUGAAGGAUGCUAAAAGCCUCAUCAUCUCUCACAGAUUAAACACUGGACACGCAGAGCAAUCUGAGCAGUUUCCAGCCUGAUGAGUACCUCUGAUCUAUUUGACCAUUUGGGCUCCAUGGCUGGUGAUAAUGGAAGAAAAAUUAGGCUCCAUUAUUGAAGCGGAAAAGAACCUUUAUGUCUAGGCUGAGCUAGGAAAAUUCCAUGAUAACUUCCUGGUGAGACAGUUUCUGCAGCUGUCAGUUAUUUGAUGGAGGAUGCAAAGGCUGCUGUGGGUAAAACAUUGAAAUACUACCAUUUCAAAGGGGUUUAUGUUGGCUUUUGGUUCUGUGGUUUUUGGUUGCUUGCUUGCUUUUUGGUUUUGUUUUUUUUUUUUUUUUCCUUCAGUCUCAGCAACAGACAUUUCUGUUUUACUAUGCUUUUGUUUAAAUAAUUAUUAGGACAUCCAUUAGGAAGGUAAAAUGCCAGCCAUUUCUGCACUUGAAGAGCCUCUAGCCUGACCAGGGGUGAUAAUCAAUUUUUAUAACUAACUCCUAUAGAUCCUCCACCUCUAUCUUCACCACUGCCUAAGCCCUUGAGUAACAGCUUGCAUCUAUGCAAGUGCUAGAAGCAAAACUAUCCAGGUUUUUGGCAAAAGCUGAAAGACAUAAAGAAUUAUGGACCUUCUCUUGGCUCUGCAUUAUUAGAUUUUCAUGGGCCACAAACCCAAGGACAAACACAAGUAAUAUCAUUUUAUUAGCAUUUCAAAUAUACUUUUGCUAUUGUGUUUUCUUCUCUACAGGGAACUUUACAAUUAUAGAAAUUAUAAAGGACAAAAAUCUCCCCAACAGCUAGCAAUAGUGCAGUCAUAAAACCACCCCCCUGUUCCUUUCCCGUUCUUAUUUGAGCAGUGUUGCUAGGACAAUGAAUUAUUUCAUUAAAAUCCUACUGAUACCAGAAAAAGAAGAGAGAAAAGAAAAGAAUUUCUAGCAUAAAAUCAUGCAGUAGAAAGAGCUCCUUCUUUCAAAUAAGAAUAUUUAACUCACUAAAAGUGAGGGGCAUUAAAAGAGUAGUGUCUAUUGCUUGUGCAGCUGUCGCACAUUAAGUGUUCUUUUCCUAUAAAAUGUGAUCCUCAAGAUGCAACACUUUUUUUUUUGUUUUGUUUUGAUGAUAUUCAACUCAGUAAGCUUAUUUUCCCAAUCUCAGUUUUGCCCACUUAUUAUUGUCCAUGUAGAUCACUAAGAAGCUGAUCUUGUGAAAAGCAGGCCAUUCCCUGACCAAAACCCCUUGGCACAUAAAUUGAAUUUCAGGAGAGUCAGGGCUGAGUUCUGAGGACCAAACUCUGAGGGCCAAGUUCUCAAUUCUAAGGACUGAGAUCCGAGAGUCGAGUUUUGAGUUCUGGGGGCUGAGCUCUGGUUCGGAGUUCUGAGGGCUGAUUUGGGAGUUUGGAGGGUUGAUUGGGGAGUUCUGAGGAGUGACUUGGGAGUUCUAAGGGCUGAUUUGGAGUUCUGAGGGCCUGAUUUAGGAGUUUUGAGGGCUGAGUUCUUGAGGGAUGAUUUGGGAGUUCUGAGGAGUGACUUGGGAGUUCUGAGGGCUGAUUUAGGAGUUCUGAGGCUUGAUUUGGGAGUUCUGAGGGCUGAUUUAGGAGUUUUGAGGGCUGAUUAGGGAGUUCUGAGGGCUGAUUUAGGAGUUUUGAGGGCUGAUUAGGGAGUUCUGAGGGCUGAUUUAGGAGUUCUGAGGCUUGAUUUGGGAGUUCUGAGGCUUGAUUUGGGAGUUCUGAGGGCUGAUUUGGGAGCUCUGAACGCUGGACUCAGAUUUUUGAGGGCUGAGUUCUGAGGGCAGAUUUGGCACCUCCGAGGGCUGACCUGGCAGCUCCGAGGGCUCAUUUGGCACCUCUGAGGGCAGAUCAGGGAGCUCCGAGCGCUGAUUUGCCGGCUGCGAGGAUGCGGCGGAGCCGCCGCCCCCGGGAGGCGCUGCUCCGGCGGCGCGGAGAGAGGCGUGACGGGCGGCGCGUCCCGGGGACGUCUCGCAAGAUGGCGGCGCCCCCGGACAUGGAGCUUUCCCCGAGCCUGAGCCUGGAGCUGCUCCCCACCGACCCGCUGCUGCUCAUCCUCAGCUUCCUCGACUACCGGGAUCUGGUGAGUUGCUGCUAUUUGAAUAGAAGAUUAAAUCAGCUAUCAAGCCAUGACCCACUGUGGAAAAGACACUGCAAAAAAUACUGGCUCAUUUCAGAGGAGGAAAAAAGCCGAAGGAAUCAGAGCUGGAGAGCCAUCUUCAUCAGCACCUACUCUGAUUUAGGAAGGUACAUCCACUACUAUGCCACGCUGAAAAAAGCCUGGGAUGACCUGGAGCAGUACUUGGGGCACUGGUGUCCACGCAUGAUCAGCUCUUUGAAAGAGAGUGUGAGGGAGGAGGAUCUGGAUGCUGUGGAAGCACAAAUCCGCUGCAAACUCCCCGAUGACUAUCGGUGUUCCUUCCGUAUCCAUAAUGGGCAGAAGUUGGUUGUUCCAGGGCUGAUGGGCAGCAUGGCCCUGUCGAACCACUACCGCUCCGAGGACCUGCUGGACAUCGACACGGCAGCCGGAGGCUUCCAGCAGAGGCUGGGGCUCAAGCAGUGCCUGCCCCUGACCUUCUGCAUCCACACCGGCCUCAGUCAGUACAUGGCCCUGGAGAGCGUGGAGGGACGGAAUAAAUACGAGAUCUUCUACCAGUGUCCAGAGCAAAUGGCUCGCAAUCCGUCUACUAUUGUUAUGUUCAUUACAGGUACAUCUUACUUGGAAUGGUUUACAUCUUAUGUAAACAAAGUUGUCACUGGAGGUUAUCCUAUCAUCAGAGACCAGAUUUUCAGGUAUGUGCAUGAUAAAGAUUGUGUUGCUACCACAGAAGAUAUCACUGUGUCUGUGUCCACCUCUUUUCUACCUGAACUCAGUUCUGUACAUCCACCACAUUAUUUCUUCACUUACAGAAUCAGAAUUGAAAUGUCCAAAGACGCCCUUCCUGAGAAUGCCUGUCAGCUGGAGAGUCGAUACUGGAGAAUAACAAAUGCCAAAGGUGAUGUGGAAGAAGUCCAAGGUCCUGGAGUAGUUGGAGAGUUCCCAGUUAUCAGCCCAGGGAAGGUCUACGAGUACACCAGCUGUACCACGUUUACCACAACCUCUGGCUACAUGGAGGGCUACUACACCUUCCACUGCCUCUACAACAAGGACAGAUUCUUUAAUGUCACAAUCCCUAGGUUUCAUAUGGUGUGUCCAGCAUUCAAGGUGUCCACAGCGUGAAUGGCAGCAAACCCCAAUGAAUCUGCAGUGGAUGAAGACGAUGAUUCCGCAGGCAUUGAUGACUCCUGAGAUCCACGUACAGUGUUGGACAUUCCUGCACCCUCUGGAUGCUGCCAUGUCACACUCUUGGGAUUUUUUCCCAGACAGUUUGCAUAAGCUGAACUCUUCAGGGCUAGUGCAUAGGAAUAUUUCUGACUGUUGUAAAUGAACUCUGUUGCACAUCAGGGCAACUAGCAUGAAUGUUGGUGCCAGUUCUCAUAUUCAUUAAGAGCAUAACUUCUAUUUCCCUGGUUUGGAAGUGGGGGAGGAGGGAGGGAAACCAGGGGAGGAAGAGGAAGGUGUUUGGGCUUUGUUUACUUUUUUCUGAAGUGUGAAACAGCUUGAUAGUCCAAGGUACUCAUAUCUCACAUUUUUAAAGUAUUGCCUACUUAUGAUCAUACUGCAAAUAUGGUGUAGGGAUUUGGUUUUAUACAAAGCAUUAGAAGGGUGUAUCCUGUCGUCCUUUCUCGUGAGUUUCUGCUCUGGAUAACUGCUGCUAAGAAUGAAACUUGCAGUUUGGUCUGAAUAUCCCAUUUGGGUGAGAUUAGGUGCUGUUAUGCUAUUUUUUUUUUCUAUUAACAUAGUAAUAGCAAAAAAUUCUGGUCAUCAAAAUGUAUAAAUUAGGAGUGAAACUGGCCUUAUUUAUAGACAAUCUAUUUGUCUGUUGGAUUUUAUGCUAAGUGACUCUGACUGGAGAAUGCCUCUGGGAAUGUAGUGUCCAUGCAUAAUCUGCCACUCAUUAGGUAAGGAAUUUCUCAAUGACUACAGAGUAUGGAUUUGUAAAUAUGUUUUGAGGUAUUUUUCUGUUACAUGAUGUUUGCUGUUGUCAUAGGUGACAAAUUUAUGUUAUGUAUCAUGUUUUCCUGAGCCCUGGAUGAAUCUUUUGUAACUGAAUAAAAAAGAAAAAAAAAUAAAUAAGAGGCUGGCAGAACAGCAGAUGACUAGCAAAUUUAUAUUUAAAGAAGUAUCUGUUUGCUUUAUCAUUUUUAUUUUGUUUCUGUUGUCAUUAAUAAACAACUGCCUCUUCUGUUC